CUUGCGGCCGCCUCCCCGCCCUGCCAACCGGCCGGGGGCUCCACGCGGGGCCGCGGCGGACAGCACAGCUCUUUGCGCCGGCUCCACCCUGCCUGAGCUUGCUCCCUCCUGGAGCCUAAAGCGGAUGGCGGAAGCCGGCAGGAGCCCUGAGAUGUCCCCGGACCAGCCAGACGGCCAGGAGGCGGUGGCGGCGGAGGUUCUGGACCCCGAGCCCGAGGCUCCCGGACCACCCGUGCCUGCCCUGCGCUGGCUUCCCGGGGACCCGAGUCCCCGCGGCCGCUCCCAGAGCGACCUGUCGUCCGCCUCGAGCCGGGGCCGCCCGCUCAGAGUCCACAUCUCCGGCUCAGUUGAUGGACUAGACAAAGCCUCCAUUGCAAACUCAGAUGGCCCCCCAGCAGGUUCCCAGACACCUCCCUUCAAGAGAAAGGGGAAACUCUCCACCAUUGGUAAAAUCUUCAAGCCUUGGAAAUGGAGGAAAAAGAAGACCAGUGACAAGUUUAGAGAGACCUCAGCAGUGUUAGAGAGGAAGAUAUCCACCAGACAAAGUAGAGAGGAGCUGAUAAGAAGGGGCCUGCUUAAGGAAUUGCCUGAUCAAGAUGGAGAUGUAACAGUUAACUUUGAAAAUUCAAACGGGCACAUGAUACACAUCGGAGAGGAAGCUACCCAAGAGGAGAAUGUAGGGAGACCUGAAGAAGGGAAUGUCUCUGUGUGUGAGAAAGGACCACCUCGAGAGGAACAGGCAGAAGAGAAGACAGCUGCGUCCAGAGCUGGUUCCUCUCACCCGAAGAAAACAACUGGUUCCAAAGCCUCAUCCUCACCAUCUGCUUCGUCCACCUCCUCUCAUCCCAGAGGACCCAAGGAGUCACUCACUGGCAAAGCAGGCGCGGUCGGGACCACGAGGGGCAAGAAAAAGAUUAGCAAGCAGCCGGCGGCGGCGGCAUCCCGACUGUCCCCCAACACAGUCACUUCUGAAAUGUCUAGUCUUAAAGGAGAGCUCUCAGACACUGGGGUAGAGAGCCUCAAGCCAGAGGAAACUGUUGCUGGAGCAGAGGAGGAGGCCACAGGCAAGCCCAAGGCAGUUGUCAUCGCUCUGCCACCUGUCACAGUACCGCCAUCCUCACCUGCCCUUCCUCUGCCCCCUGAGGAUCCGUGCACUGUUGCCUUGGACACUCCCAUGGUCCUAGUCAGUGAUGGACCCACCCUGCCCAUCUCUGCCUUAGACACAAGUCCGCUCCCUUGGACUGAAGAACCAGCGAACAGAACCACUCCGUACUCAAGCACCGGCUUAGGUGGGAGCCGAGAGCAGGCAAAAUGUUUUACAACCAAAGAUGGGCUGGGAAAGGCUGGACCACAAUUGCUGACCCCUGGACAGAUGGGAGACUCAUUAGAAUCCUUCAGUGCCCCAGAGGAAGAGGCCCCAAGAGAGUACCAAGCCAAUGACUCUGACUCGGAUGGACCCAUCUUGUACACGGAUGAUGAUGAUGAAGAUGAUGAUGAUGAUGACGGCACUGGAGAAAGUGCACUGGCAAGUAAGAUCAGACGAAGGGAUACACUCGCCAUCAAACUCGGCAACAGACCAUCCAAGAAAGAGCUAGAGGACAAAAACAUCCUGCAGCGAACGUCUGAAGAAGAAAGGCAGGAGCUGCGUCAACAGAUCGGAACCAAGCUGGUCAGAAGACUCAGCCAGAGGCCAACCACUGAAGAGUUAGAGCAGAGAAACAUCUUAAAACAAAAGAAUGAAGAAGAGGAGCAGGAAGCGAAAAUGGAACUCAAACGGAGGCUCAGCCGGAAGCUCAGCCUUAGACCUACGGUGGCAGAGCUACAAGCCCGAAGGAUCCUGCGGUUUAAUGAGUAUGUGGAAGUCACAGAUUCCCCGGACUACGACAGACGUGCGGACAAGCCCUGGGCCAGGUUGACCCCUGCGGACAAGGCAGCAAUAAGGAAAGAACUAAAUGAAUUUAAAAGCACGGAAAUGGAAGUUCACGAAGAGAGUCGACAGUUUACAAGGUUUCACCGUCCAUAAUGAAGCAUGGGACGGCUCGGAAAUAAGGAC